AGGACAAUGUCAAGGAGAAGCAUUCGCUUGUAGCUGUUAGCUCCUUUGUUCCGCUUAAAAAAACAAAAAUCAUUUAUGACCAUUGUGGUACUUUUUAUUGCUGUUGCAAGUGCAACUCAUCCCGAAGUAGCUUCGUAUGUGUUUAGUACAAAAUUUUUCUAUAUCGUAUCUACCAAAAUUAUCACUAACAAAAAGAGAGAGUAAUAUCUAACACAAGAUGAAGAGAAACUCAAGAGAAGAUCAUUCGGAAAAAUAAAAUAUCGAACAGAAAAAUGAUGGAAAGAGAACGAAUUUUUACGCGAAAAGCGCUGACCGGCCUCUUCCUCCUCCGGUUUCUUGCGGUCCACGAAAUAGUUUCUCCCAGUGCAGCUACGGCAGCUGCCUCGGCAAGUGGAAAGAAAACAACCACUGAUGAAGAGACUGGCGGAACAAGUAGAACCAAACGGAAAUGGGACGAAGAAGCUGAAGUAGAUCCACCUUACGCAGCAAGAACUUCAACUUCUGACGAGCAGCAUCAUUAUCAUACCGAAUUCCAAUUUUUACCAACUAUCUCUAGUGCAGCGGCUCCUGCGGUGGGGGAACCCGCACCGGCACCAUGGUUUUUUGAUCAGCCUGAUUAUCGCGGCCGGUUAGGUAGCUGUAACAACUUCCACUACGUCGAAAAAGGAGCGACUGAUUUUUUGCAGCAAGAAGCCCCUGCGCAGUUCCUGCAAGCCGAGCAACCGCCCCAGCGUGGAAGACCCUCAUCUGAUGUCUCGACGACAUUUUUGUACCAAAGAACACGACCAGUGCAGCAGCUGGAGCUGCCCAGCAGCAGUAGCUCAAGCUCUAGCUGCGCUCUCUCGACGACGCGAAUAAAGGAAGAUCCACCGCGGCCAGCAUCUCACCUUCAUCAUCCUUAUUUGAGCCGUGGACAACAUAAUUCCACUUCUACGGGGGGGACGAGGUCCUUGUCGGGGACGACAUCGACGUCGUCCCCCGGGACCACCAUGAGCUUCCUAGCUGGAGGUUUUGAACAAAGCACGUUAGGCAUGGGUCCCAGCGUUGAAGUUGUUCAUGAUCUACAGUGCGAUUUAGACUCUGACACCAAGAGAAACUACCGAGAUCAUAUAUUACUGCUGCCAGCGACAUCAACUACGGAAGCUUCGUCCACGAGGCCGGGCGGAGAAGGAGAAGUUUCGGAGACAGUAGGAGGAUAUUCUAGCGGGAGUGGUAGUUUAGCUACUCUGCUGCAUAAUCAGGGGAUCUACAACAUUCUUGGUGGUGAAAAUAAUGCGAGGCAGAUGAACACGACGACUUUGCGCGGCGAACAUCACGGUGUAAAACGAUCCGCACUUGUUCUGAAGAGUUGCAUUCGUAAAAAUCGUAGCUCCGGCGCUCGAAGCUCCGUUGACUGCAUUGGCGGCGAAACUUCGCUCGCUGCGACACCCUUGAAGAUGUCGACGUCCCAGCACAAGGAAGUGGUAGGCGAAGAAGUAGAUGACUUAUCUACUGCAGGAACAAGAAUGCGAGUAAGAACUACUGACCCGCACCACGACCACGAGCAGAGCCGCGCUGACCUAGGGUCAAAAGUACUCAAAAUCGCUGGGAUUUUUUUUGAAUUAAAAAAUUUUUUUUCCAAUGAUUCCAUACCCGGAGCAGUGGCCGUCCGAGGAAGUUGAGAGCCGACGGUGGGGAGUGCAGUGGCAUAUGGUUUAGAGCGGGGGCGAAUUCGUCUUGAAGAGUGGGUUUGGGGCUACUGCCUCGCAGCCGGCGCAAAGAAACUGUAACAGGAGAAAAGCCGGCACACUGUUCAGGGCUUGAGCCUGGCCACUACAAAACAACACCAGCCUCGCCGGGCGAAGCCGCUGGGCCUGGCCUGAAACGGCCCGGAGUUUGGCUACUGUCUGCGCUGCGGCGUGUUUCCAGGCCGCGCCAUACUACAAGGCGCGCCAGUGGAGUUUUUGUGUCAGAUCUCUCUGCUGCGCGUCUGCAUGAAAAGAACGUUGCGACGGUGCCACACGACAGGGCCGCCGGCUUUCGUCCGCGCCAGCCCUCACUCGCGGUCCCAGUUUGGGACUGGCGCAGCGAAAUUGCCUGUACUCCGCGGGGGGGCAAGAGCUGUUUUUCGUGUGUUGUAGAUUGUUCCUUUUUUUUGUUCCGUCUGGGUCUACUACUUCGCCGCCCGAUGGUAUACCCGACGCGGGCUUGCAAAUCUCCGCUGACGCCGGAUUGCAAAUCUUCGCUGUCCGAGUUCUCAUCUCCGCGCCGAUCCCCUGUUCGGAUCCCCGGUUCUGAUCCAUUUUCUAUUUGAAAUUGGAUCAGAACAGGGGAUCAGAACAGGGGAUCAAAACAAGGGAUCAGAACAGGGGAUCAGAACAGGGGAUCAGAACAGGGGACCCGAACAGGGGAUCCGGAACCGGCUUGGGAAACGGACAUCAAAAUAGCACAUUUGUGUCGCGGUUUCGGAUUUGGUUUUUUUGCAGCUUGCUGGCCAGCCGCGGUGCCUGGCCUGGCUGAUUCUGGCCCGGGGGCCUUCUGCUCGGGCUUCUCGUGUUUUGGAAAUUGUCAGCAAUCUGCCAUAGCAAUAGCGGCGAAUCUGGUCGCAGGGGUCAUGUUGCUGAAACAUGUGCGCCAGUGCCGGCACGCUUUACAUACGGGCGCUGCGGCAGCUCGCCGCCGACCGCAUGCGGCGGCUUUUUCCAAAAGGCGUUUGCGGACUUGCGUCGGGCUUGAUGCUUUUGAAUAUGAGUGAAGAGAAGUUGCGUGAAGAGCUUUGCAUUGCAUAGGACAGGGUGGGAGGGUGGUUUGUGUGUGAUGAUCAGAGCUGACACAUGUUGGCAACUAGGCCUCACCCAAGUGCUUUCUUGCUCUUCGUCCGAGAGCGAAGACGAGCACAAACUCCGCCGGGCAUUCUCAUGGCUCGGCGCUAACCCUCCGCUUCAGCCACCGAGCAAUCUUUCUUUCCGUCUCGGCGCGCUUGCCGCCUCAAAAAAAUUUCAAAAAUAAAAAAAUCCCAGCGUUUUUGAACGUUUUUGAACACUGGUCAUGCGCUAGGGGCCUGCCCAACUUGAGAACUACUGACCCGCGCCACGACCACGAGCAGAGCCGCGCUGGCUCGCCAUCAAGUAGCCAAGAGAACUAUAGUACUUGCAGCAACUAGAGCCAAACCUGGAACCGAACAAGGCUCAAAGAAGGCUACUUGCUUUAUUUCUGAAAUCUGCAUGCUACUGUGGUGCAGACUAGGCUCAAACCUGGGCCAAGAAGGAUCAAAUCUCUAGAGAUGACCUUUUUUUUCCUAAUUUUCCUUGGUGAAUCACCACGCUCCUGCGAAAAAAGAUUGAUAACGAUUAGGGCGAACGCCUCUAGAGCUCAAAAACCUGUAGAGCUCAAUCGCUAGAGCUGAAUCUCUACAGCUGUUUGGUGAUGUUCUAGAGCCUAAGCUCUACAGCUUCCGCCUAUAGCGAGCACCUACAGCUCGACAGCCAAAAGGCUUUUUUAUCGUUUCUCACACUAAUCAGCUGCAGCUACCCGGCCGGUCUGUUCCUGUUGCCCCUGGUGCUUGCCUAGGAAGCCCAACACCGGGAGCACAGAAGCAACGAACCAAACGCGGUGGGGCUGGGGCUAAUUCAUCAGAAACAACCAGCCGCAUGGCUGUUGCCUCCAUGCUGUGAGGCGUGGCCGCCGGUGCCGAGAGUAAAACUCAAAAACAUAAACAGCACUGGCAGGCGUGCCUCUUACUUAGAUUUGUUGGGAGGCAACCACCAGCAGCUGCGUGGUCCUGCUGCUUGCUACAGGGUAUCGGGCCAAGUAGCCUCGCCGAAGGGCAGCCCGGAUGGAAAAGCAUGCACACAACAAGCCCAAGACCAUACGCAAGAGAAACUUUCGGCGCACAGCGGCAGGCUGAUGCGAAGGCAACAGAUGUGAGCCGCCGCAGAGGUUACGUCCGUGCAGCGGCGCAGGUGCCUUCGGCAGGUUGUAGCGUUUUCUUUCCACGCCGGGCGGCCACCUGCUACGACGAGUACCAACGCGACGGCCAGGAGCCGCACCUAAAAACAAAAACGCACUUGCGGGCCGCAAAGGCUCGCUGGCGUUCUCGCCCUAGCUGCCUGCGCUUGCUGGGUAGCUGAAGUAGAAGGAGGGGAGGCCGCCCGGCGCGGGUCUGCUUUCCAUUUCCUAGAAGGCAGACGGCACAACUACGGUGAGGCGCACCAAGCGGAAGCGCGUGCCCUUAUCGACCUCUACCAUACCUGACCCGGCUUUUGGCACUACAGAGGCCGGACGGAUCUGGCGCGCUAGGCGUUGGGCUGCAGUUGGUGGGCCGGUCGCUCUGCUGGCCGCCUUUUCUUAUUCAUUUUAUGUUCCUGGCUACGCGUGCUCUUCCUUUUUGUUUUUGUACUUUGUUGCCAUCAAGCUGUUUGCCAUCAUCGCGCGGCGUUAGUGCGUCGGCUGCCCUUCCGGGAACAGUCAGCCCCAAAGAAAGCACGCUCCAGCUCUUCGGCCAAGCCUCUUCGAACUGUUUCUAGUUGCUGCAGUAGCAGUACUGCUUUUCUAUUGUUAUGCGCAGAUCCCCGCACCACGACCACGAGCAGAGCCGCGCUGGCUCGCCAUCAAGUACUGCUUCUACUUGUGCCUCUAGAAGGUCCUCUUCCUCACCACGAGAAAAAAAGGUGAGGUUCAACGUAGAAGAAGAAGUACAGGAUCACCUUCCCGCCGAAGCAGAUGAAUCACAAACUUGUGCUGCCGGAGCUCCUGCAACAGUUGCGAAAAUUAACAGCUGCGGAAGUAGAACUUUUCCAUCCUACGUAGUUUCGUCUUCCUCUUCUUCUGCUUCUAGCAGUUGGGCUGGCGUACUGGCAGGUAGUGGAAGUGAACAAGGUAGUACUAGUGGAACAGGUGGAGAGAAUGAGAACAACCAAGAAACAACCAUGUCGCUGUCGAGGAUGCAACAAGCAUCGCCAACAUCAUCCGUGUCGUUUCUUUCUUCGUCCAGAAGUAGUACUACUAAGACCAAUACUUCUUCUACUCCUGCUGCUUUUUCCUAUUCUGGUUUCCCGCUAAGUUGUCCAGACGUCGAUCAUGCGCGGAUCGUUCAAGAAGAAAGCAACCAACGCCUCCUUCUGGCUUCUUUGCAGGAUAUCACCGUGAAAAAUCCAGCUUAUGUGAGACCGGAAAAGACCAUGGCGGAGCGACGCAGGAAGGCGGAGGAAACAGCGGAACAGGAGAAAAAACGGAACGCGAUGCUGCAGCAACUCCAGCAGCAGGAAUCAGAGGCACAGGAACACCAAUCGUCCCAUCCGGUUCUGUCGCCGAUGGGAAUGCUUCUGCAUCCCAUGAUUGAGAUGAAAGAUCAGGACCUUUUUUUGAAAGCUGCGCUGGAAAUGGACGGACCAAUGCAUGGUGCGUGAUACUAUUUUUUCAGGAACAAGAACGAGCCGCGCAGGAGAUGGUGACCACACAUCAGAUAGUACUACAUCGUCUGGAGGCAGUGGAAGUGCCAGUUGCUGUUGCAGCUACAUUGUGAUAAUUUUCGGAGUUACAGGAGGGUGAGGUUCUCGUAUCCAUUGAAGAUUAUAAUCUAAAAAGUCAAUGAGUUUAUUGGGAGGACUCAUCAAGAAGAAGAACUGAAGAUAGACCGAUGGACAGCAUUGCUGUCAGUUUGCAGGACUAUCCAUCGUGGUUGAUAGAAAUAAAAGAAAGCUCCCGGCUUCCAGAAUGGAUUUAAUAAGAAAGGAUUUCAUAUUUUCAAUUUCAAUGACAUUGACAUGUAAAGCACGACCACGACGAACAUCACCUCCAAUACACCGU